UCACAGUUUAGCUGUUCACGCAUCUCACUCCUUGAGGUUUAGUUAUAAAAAAAUCUUUGACGAGAUCACUUACUGAGGGUGACCAUCUGAAGAGAGGCUCCCAACUUUUCUAAAACUGUUUUGUGUGCGUUCAGAUACUAUAGCGCUCCUGCAAUCUACAUUGGAUUACUGAAAGCACCGCAUUAGCGAAAAUAACCUGCCCAGCUGCCUGUCAGUCACUAACCCGGAGGCUCAGUUGUCAAGCUUUCUCCCUCUUCUCUCUGUUCCUUAUCUUCUAUCCUCAUCGCGCCAUGUCGAACGAGGAGCGGACUUUCAUUGCCAUCAAGCCAGAUGGAGUUCAGAGGAGGCUUGUUGGAGAAAUCAUCAAGAGAUUUGAGCUAAAGGGCUUCAAAAUGGUGGGGAUGAAAUUCGUCCAGGCCCCGGAGUCUCUGCUGAGGGAGCACUACGCUGACCUGGAGGACAGACCGUUCUUCCCAGGCCUCGUUAGCUACAUGACCUCAGGACCAGUGGUGGCCAUGGUGUGGGAAGGGUUCAACGUGGUGAAGACAGGCAGAGUAAUGCUGGGAGAGACCAACCCUGCAGACUCCAAACCCGGAACCAUCCGAGGGGACUACUGCAUCCAAGUGGGCAGGAACAUCAUCCAUGGCAGUGACUCAAUAGAGAGUGCCAACACAGAGAUCAACCUGUGGUUCAAACCUGAGGAGCUUUGUAGCUACACUAGCUGCUCCACCAGCUGGCUUUACUGAUCUAGGAUCAGUUUACCAUCCACAAACCCUAACCAUUAGGACUAGGAGGGGGAAUGUAAAACUGGCCUUAGAUCAGAGACAACUUCAUCCUACUCUAGCUGGCGACUGAGGACCAUUUACUAGGGUAAAUGUGUGUUUGACUGCCUGUUUUGUUCAACUGAGCUUUCCAAUAAAAAAAACUCACAACCA